AUGUGUGGGAACUGUGGAAAUGGAACAUACUGUAAUAAGGAGAACGGAACUUGUCCUGCUGAAUGUCAGGUUCACUGGAAUGGAUCCAAGUGCGACGCAUGUGAAGAUGGAUAUUUCGGACUGAACUGUGAUCGUGCAUGUAGGAAUUGUAUUGGAAAUAAUUGUUACCAAGACAAUGGAAUCUGUUCAAAUGGGUGUAAGGAGAGAUGGACAGGUGCCAACUGUGAUACCAUUCUUCUAUCCACGGAGCCAAAUACAGGUGCAAUAGUCGGUGGGCUCAUGACUGUAUUUAUCCUCUUAACAUUUGCAGUCAUCAUCGUCAUAGCAGUUCUAAGGCGACAGUAUGCGGAAAAAGAACGAGAAAACACGGGAAACGUAUUCAGGUGUGUUGAGUAUGAUUCAAAGAUCAACCACGGAAGAAAGAAAUAUGCGAAUAUCGCUGAAUACUAUAAUCUAGGUCAUAUAAGCACUGUUAUACGGACGCAGGAUUUGCAAGACAUAAUUGCUUUUAAAGGUAGCGAAAAGCAACACCCAUUUAUUAUGGAAUACAAGAGGUUACCUCCCGGAGAUGUAAGCAAAUGUUCAACGGCUCAGAAGAAAGAUAACGUCACCAAGAACAGAUUUAAAACAACAUUUCCUUAUGAAUAUUCGAGGGUUGUACUUGGAGAGAAAUGGGACCUAGAUGACAACGAUUACAUCAACGCAAAUUACAUUAAGGAUUUUAAAGGCGAAAGACGUUACAUUGCCGCUCAAGGUCCACGGGAGAAUACUGUGACAGACUUCUUGAAAAUGAUAUGGCAGGAAAACAUACAAUGCAUUGUUAUGUUGACUAAUCUGGUUGAAGAUGGAAAGAAAAAAUGCGCUAAGUACUGGCCGGAUAUUGAUAUGUCCAAAAAUAUUGGACAGUGUACCCUAAGUCUAUUAGAAGAAACAGUAUAUGCUUUCUAUACAUUUCGAAUGUUCUCACUUCAAAGAAGAAACCUACAUGACCUAAGGAUUAUAACCCAUUUCCACUACACGGCUUGGCCAGAUCAUGAUACCCCAGAAGAGAUAGCACUUGUUCAGUUUCAUAGAGCUGUUACCAAAAAAUGGAAGUCUGAAUCUCCCUUACUUGUUCACUGCAGUGCAGGAGUUGGUAGAACGGGUACUUUUAUAGGCCUCGAUACCUUACUGAAACAAGGAAGGGAAACGGGGCGGAUAAACAUAUUUGAGUUUGUGAAGCAAAUGAGAGAGGAUCGUAUGACUAUGGUUCAAACUGUUGAACAGUAUGUGUUCCUACACAAAGCAUUACUCUGUGGAUUCCAAGAAAGAGAGACAGUCAUAUCGGAAUUGAAUCUUGAAUCAAAACUUAAUUUACUGCUUAAUGACACAUCACCAUUGAAUCAACAACAAUUAUACAAGGAGUUCAAAUUCUUAGAAACCAUAAUUCCAAUUCUCGAGAUGGAAUGUAAAGAGGACGCUUUGAGCUCAGAGAACAGAUCAAAAAAUGUUGACAUGGGUAUAUUACCAGUGUCAAAAUAUCGACCAUUUCUAGCAGCAAAUGCAAAGGGAAGAAAUGAGUAUAUAAAUGCAGUGAUUGUUCCCUCAUUUACUCAUCCAGCUGGGUUUAUUCUAACUCAGAAACCUCUCCCUGAUACAGAAAUAGAUCUCUGGAGAUUGUGCAUGGACUACCAAGUGGGGGAAAUGGUGGUCCUCAAUGGCUUUGAUGAGGGCAAGACACAAAGCAUGGACGUCUUCCAGAUAUAUUCCAAGAAUGAUGACGAAGUAAUAAAGGUGGUUGAAAUGUUGCUAGAAAAAGAAAAGGAAUCUACUAUGACUUCUAUUGUUAUUAGCAAAGAUGGUGCCGGUGUAACAGGACUGUUCUGUGUUUUACAUAAUGCUCUACAACAACUUCGUAUGGAUGGAGAGGUUGAUAUAUUUACUAUUGUCCGGCAACUGCAAACUAGAAGACCGGAAGUAAUCAACAAGCUGGAAGAUUAUAGAAAAUGCUACCAAUUAGUAUCCCGAUCCGUUUCAACAAGCGGAACAUACGCCAAUAUGUGA